ACAGCUUCUACAUGCAUGUCAGUGAACAAGUUCCGCUGGCCCAGUGACUCUCUCUCAUUCUCAAGUCUUCAACAUUUAAGAGUGCUCAAGCGCAGACUACAUAAGACGUUGUCCGUUUGAAUAGUUGUCGAGAUUGAUAGUCUUGCUUUGUACCUUUAACAGAAAAUGGAUUAUGUUUAAUAUGGACUUUUAAUGUUUGUUCAAACAACAGCACUUCUGUUUUUCUGCGCGGAGCUGAUUUAAUCUGGAGUUUUGAAGAGUCGCGAAGACAGAGUCAGGAUGUGAUCAUUUCCAUCCAAAAAUGGUCCGAGAAGUAUUGAACAGAGCGAGUUGGAAAACGUUUCGGACAGUGAUGCAGUCUUAAUGAGUGUAAAGUCCGUAUCGAUGAAAAUCUGAAACGGAGGAAGAAAGAUUUUUUUAUUUUUUUUCUCAAAUGGAGCGACACAGCAGUCUCGUUUCCAUUUGGCUUCAGCUCGAGCUUUGCGCUAUGGCUGUUCUCCUCACUAAAGGAGAAAUACGAUGUUACUGCGAUGCUCCCCACUGCGUGGCUACUGGUUACAUGUGCAAAUCGGAGCUGAACGCCUGCUUCACACGCAUCUUAGAUCCUCAAAACACAAAGUCUCCACUCUCUCACGGGUGUUACGAACCUCUCCUGAACUCAGGAAACAUUUGCCAUCCAGAGUCAAACUAUGAUACCAUCCAUGGACCUGCUACACUUCAGUGCUGCAAUGAGGAUAUGUGCAAUUACAGAGGCUUGCAAGAUCUUACAUACAGAGGAGAAGAAAGUCAUGAAAGAAGUCGACAUCAAACCGAAGGCAUUCGUCAUGUGGUAGCACGACUACAGGAAAUCCCUUCCUCCAAAGAGGUAUGGUUCCGUGCUGCGGUCAUCACCGUACCCAUCGCUGGUGGUCUCAUCUUGGUCCUCCUCAUCAUGUUGGCCCUGCGCAUGCUCCGCAGCGAAAACCGUAAACUGCGGCAACAACGGCGAGAGAUGCUCUCCCGCCUUCACUACAGCUUCCACGGCCAGCACCUCACCAAGGGUCACAUGGCCAAACUGGACCUUGAGUGUAUGGUGCCAGUGGGAGGCCAUGAGAACUGUUGCCUGAGCUGCGACAAGAUUUGGCAGUCUGACCGUAGUAGCCAGAGACUUCUAUCAUUGGUCCACUGGGGAAAGUGCAGUGGCCGAGGGAAGCUGGAGUUUGUCUGAUAGCUUUGGAGUUUGUUUUCCUUUGUGGAUUUGGAAAGGACCCAUUGGGCUAAGACGUUUUAUUUGAACCCUUCUAAAGGAGGUACUGCAAGCAAGAAAUUAAAAGAGAACACUUGAAAGCAUCAACCAUAUGGUUGUUGCUGUUGAAGCACUUUACUUGAAUUAGAGGCUUGAGGAGAAGAGAGACUGUUUGUAUUAUUGGCUUAGACAAGGAGCAACUUCAUGCUGGUAUUCUUUCUUAUAACCGAAGGAUUCCAAAAAAGUUUAACAAUUUGCACUUUUUGUAUAAAGAGACUAUGGUAGAUUUGAUUUAUUAGUUGUGUUAGACUAGUGGGUCGAGGAUGACCUCUGGUGUGUGAAUGGCUCUGUUCCAAAAGCUAGUGAGCUUCCUAUAUAGGUAGCCAUUUAAGGCUACAUCCACAUUAAUUUGGAGACAUUUGAAAACUGCGUUUUUGUUUUCCAAACGCUGUCCGUCCACACUGCUGUUUUCCAUAAGUUUCUCGUCCACAUUGAAUUGUAUCAAAACUCAUAAAUCCCCCUUCCACAUAUACAAAAAAAAUUGUGCGUUCCAUGUAUGGUCUGAAGUGCAAUUGUCCUCAUGUUCUGUCACCGGACAACAAUUCAGAGUAAACUUCCUGCAAAGUGAAGGUUGUUCAAAGUAAAAUUUAUCUUUAACAAUGUUAUCAAAGUGAAUAGCAGGCACAACAACGUCGCUACAACUUGGGAUGCCAUCUUGAGGUGAAUGGAUCACAUGAUUGUGUCACAUGACAACAAAUACAUCAUCGUUUUCAGAUAUCUCCAUUUUCCCUAUCCACACUACAACGCGAAGACGCCAUCUUCAAAUUUAUCCACUUAGGACAGCGUUUUCGAAAAGCUCAGUUUUUGCUGUCAAAAACAGCUUGUCAGUGGUGUGGAAAAUGUAUUAGUGUGGACGUGGCCUAAAGCAUCAUAGCCUAAGCUCCUGAUGCAAAGGCUGUUCCAAAAAGUAGAAGCAUGUCGAUUAUUAAUUGACUUUCAAUUUCAUUCAAUACCGAGAAGUAUUGAUAAAAAUAGUUCAACUUAAUUUAAAUGGACUGUUUUACAAAAUAUUUGUAUGUUUUUAUGCUUAUGAGAAUAUCAUGGUGUUAGCUUGGCAACAUGCUUACAUAAACAUUUACUGGAAUAAAUUAUUAGUUGAGUCUCCAGUGAAUUUUGUGUGUGCUAAUACCAAAUUAUCCACUUAUGAGGUUCCAUUUCAGUUAGAGUUAGUUAAGCUGCCUUAGGGGGCCGUACACAGAAUGCGUUUUCGUGUCUGUCUAUGCCCUUUUUCCAUUGUUUUUCUUUGUAAACAUGAGCUAGAUGGACAUUUUUGUAUCAGGUCAAGCGCAUUUACCUUCUUCUGUGUUGCAACCAACAUUUUCCCUCUAAGUUUGCAUUUUUACUCCACUGGCGGUUAGGUAUAGGGUUAGGGUUUGGGGCUAGAAUUACUAAAAUAUCCAUUUCUCUUCACUUUAUUACAUCAUUUACAGUUAGUAACAACACGCUUUUUGCACAUUCUUGCUUUGGAUAUUUCACCCAGAAACAGGAGCUCACAUGUACCCAUGCAUUCAAAAACACUUCCCGCUUCGGCCACUGGGGGCAGUGCUUCGAAUUUCGCUAUACACAGACAGAGUUUAGCUCAAGAAAUGUCAACAAACUGUUUAUGAAUUGACAGUGAGAUCAGUUUGGUUGUGUCUAGCUUUUUUUAGUGUAAGAAUGCGAUCGGUCUGAACAGCCCCUUAGAAGUCAGCUGUCUAUAUAGGCAGAAGCCAGCGUUUUGGGCCAGAGCUGUUGUGUGAUUUUUUUCAGUGUUAAUAUUCACCACCUUUGAUCUGCUUGAAUGUUGCUCACUGUACAGAUCUUCCAUUGUAAAUAUCACAUGUUCAACAACGAAUCAUGGUAGUAUUGUCAUCUUUCCUGUCAAAACUCUUGUUUCUAUAACGCUCUUAUUCAAUGAGUGUUUGGCGCCACAUUGGGUGGUACUGUGAGGCUGAGUUUCAUACAAUAUUGACAAGCUCAUUAUCCCCAGAGGGAGAAGUCUUGGCUAAUGUCUCAGUAUGUCAACACGUGCACAGUUGCAACCGCUUGACUGAGACAUUGGAAUCAUUAGCAACAGCAUGAGGGCAUGGGAUUGUAGUGUGGUAGCUAUUACACUCAUGUCUUGUUUUACAGUAGCACUACACUUCUGACUGACUCACCCUGGAAACUCUUCCCUAGGCCACAGUCACUCAGCCUCCAACUCUUUCACAGUUACUGCUGCUGGGCUUCUUUGGAAAAGAAGUCAGAUGGGAACUGAUCCUCUGUAAACUUAGCUUCUCACACUACUUAUUGUUAAUUCCACUGACUGAAGAAAGGUGUGUUUGACAGUGGAGCUUGUCGGUCCGUUUACUCCUUUAUUUUUCUGCAUUGCAAACACGAAGUGAAGUGAGUCCUAAAAUACUCUUAUAAAAAUCUCUUUUGUGUCUUUACCCAUAGGCUUUAUUUUUUCAGUGUCAACCUUAAACCUGAAAUGUGUUUAAAUACUAUCUCUUGUCCAAGUUUUAUAUGACUGCACUUCUUUAUAUUAGAGGUAGUACAGGAAACACACUCAGAGAAAAAAAAAAAAACAUGUACUAUCAUUUUACAUUUUAGUUCACUUGAAGAACCCGAGUCUCUUUCAUAUGCUUCCUCUCAAAUUUGUCCCCUGUACACUUUCCAAAUCAUUGCAGCCCUACAUACUCAAUGCACAAGAAGUUAACAGUUAUUGUUGGCCCUUGGAGGGGAAUGGAUGCUUUAUUGCAGUGAAUGGGAUAAAAGGCAUGUUCCUUUGACAGUAUAAUAACAGGGAACUUCUUCCCUGGCCCACAUAUAUUUUAAAACAUAAACUCUGAAAUGGUUUAAUGUGCAUUUUUGCAGACGUUAACAUCACGGUCAGAGAAAAAGAACCACC